UCAAUAUAUAGGAAAUGCGAAUUGUAAUGGUCACCAAUUAAGGGAGCUCUACCAAAAGUCAGUAAAGGAUCCAUGGCUUCUUCUUCUUCUUCCCUGCAAUCAUGGAGCUUUAGCUUCUUCUUGAUGGCAUCGACAUUGGCAAUGUUCAUCGGCAGCAAACCAGCAGUUGCUGUAACCUUCCGGCUGAGCCCAUGGGGCCUUGCCCACGCUACCUUUUAUGGCGAUGACACUGCCUCCGCGACCAUGGGAGGAGCUUGUGGGUAUGGAAAUUUGUUUGUCAAUGGCUAUGGAACAGAUACAGCGGCCUUGAGCUCAACUCUGUUCAACAAUGGCUACGCUUGCGGGACAUGUUACCAAAUUAAGUGUUAUCAAUCAAAAUGGUGCUUUUCAACGGUGUCGUUCACCACUGUGACGGCUACGAACCUUUGCCCACCAAAUUGGUCUAAGGACUCCAAUGCCGGAGGGUGGUGCAACCCACCUCGAACCCACUUUGACAUGUCCAAGCCUGCUUUCAUGAAGAUUGCACAGUGGAAGGCUGGAAUUGUCCCAGUCAUGUACCGCAGAGUGCCAUGCCAAAGGAGUGGUGGGCUUCGAUUCGCCUUCCAAGGAAAUGGGUACUGGCUGCUGGUGUAUGUGAUGAACGUUGGAGGUGGAGGAGACAUAUCUGGAAUGUGGGUGAAGGGGAGCAAAACAGGGUGGAUAAGCAUGAGCCACAACUGGGGAGCUUCAUACCAAGCAUUUGCAACUCUUCGAGGCCAAUCUCUCUCUUUCAAGAUCACCUCGUACACAACCAAGGAGACCAUAAUUGCAUGGAAUGUCGCCCCUGCGAGCUGGAGUGUCGGACUCACUUAUAAAACAAACGUGAACUUCCACUGAUAUUGCUGCAUGCAUGUCUUCUUCUUUUGUUUGUCUUUUGUUUAUGGAUGACUUUCCUUGUCUUGUAUGUGAUUCUCAUUCACGAAAAUUUUCUCUUUUUUCACCGGCCUGCUGCUAUCAUGAGAGCAGAAGCUGAUCAUGUCAAGCUAAGAUUAGGAUCACUACUUUCAUGUUAAUCUUAUGAUCAAUAUAUAUUUACGUACUCAAAA